ACGCGCUUUACUUUCAUUAGGUUUGCUUGACUUAUAUUUUCUUCAUUCAGGAUCUUUGUGUGCAACUAGGCUUAUUUUCCUAAUUCUUCGUCGCUUUCCUCGAUCUGUUUUCUGUCAUUCACACCUUUGGAAGAAAAGCUGUCGACCUUUUUUGUUAUUCGCAAUGAUUACCGCUGAAAACACUAAUACCUCCACCGAUAAUCGUUCCUCAGACGGGAGAAAGCAGAGCCCUCCUGCUUUCCUCGAUCUCGCAGACUCGGCUGCGAGACUGGGUACUAACAUGCCUGAUAUGUCGGCUCGCGUCGAGCUGAAACGCUUGGAGCACGAGCGUCAAAGGUUAUUGCAACGGAAAAUGUUUGAGGAUCAAAUGCGCGCACUCGAACAACAGCAGGCGCAGGAGUUGCUUAGCAUUCCUUAUGAUCCCACUGCCUCAGCCCACCUCGCGGUCUCUGCACCCACUACCCCUCCAAGAGUGAACGCGGUUUUGAAUGGCGACAAUCUUGUUAGGGCAGCUCUCUCACACUCUUCUGUGGAUGCGGAGACGCUUUCUAAGGCUGUUGGUUCUGCGGUUGCAGAUAAAAGAAAGUCGGUCACUUAUGCGCCUUCCGUUCAUCGGUCCCCAGAACUUGGGUCUGGUCAUGGAAUGAAUGGUCAUUAUGGACGACCUGCUGGAGCUAAAAGCAUGCCAGCCAGCCGUCGUACUUCUGCUAGCAGUCACGACGAGGAGCUUGCUAGUCAUUUGCAAGGUCUCUCCUUAGUUGGAGAACGUCCAUCUCGAGCGACGCCUAGCCCUGGCGCCGUGGCUCAUUCGCUUUUGACUCGCGGGAGAUACAGUGAUGAGGAGCGUCCUCGCGGCCAGCAGUAUAAUGUGGGAAUGAUGCUUGACGAGCAAUUGGAUCAGGAAAUGCACAACGCAAUGAGGCAUCUCCCAACCUCCGACGAGGACAAAUUCGCAUCCUAUGCUAACAGGAUUACCACCUCGUCUGCUGCUCUGGAUCUCGCUCAUCGCUCCCAGACAUCCCCACGGAAUUCAUUCUCUGCAAGAGGCGACAAGCACUCUGAGUGGCCACAAUUCUCCAACAACCCACGUGUACCCGACGGCUUAAGCUCCCGUAACGAUCGCCGCACUGUCACCAAUCCGACUUUGACGCUGACGUCUUCGCCUAUCGAUCUGUCCGCUGCUGGGACCCUUGGCGGCGCUGCGACCCCACAUGCAGGCCAACAUGUGCAAGCGUCUCUUGGUUCAACUGGGCAAGCACCUAGUUCCAGGCGGGGCUCCCCUGCCAUGAGCACGACGCGCUCAGUACCAGCUACGCCUCUGUCUAUGGCAAACGGUAGCAACGGGCAUCUUCUGCAGACUCCUGGCACUCCUCAUACUCCUGAUUCUCAGGCUUUGAGCGGACGACUUUCUUCGCAAGGUAGUUACCCGAUAAUCGAGGACUCUGGCAAGAGUGACAUCCAACCAUCUCUCUCUCGCAUGUCAUCCGGCCAGUACGACAAUGUUUCAAUGGGUUUCGAACAGUACGGCGUCGAAGAUGUUUAUGGGUUGAACGGUCAGAUGGACAGCGGUCGGUUUAAUUCGUAUGAACUCGACUCGAGUACCCGGUCCGGUAACAGCGUCAAUGGUGCGAGCGGCUCGACCGCCCUUUACCACCACAAUGGGACGCGAUACGGACUGCAUAUUGGUCGUGGCAAUGGCGCUGAUGGAAAAAUGAACGGUUUACACGGUCCAAAGCACAAGAGGGGUGACAUGGAUAUGAACCGUUUCGCUGGCACACGCCUUGAAGACCUUCAGGGCGAAAUACCCACACUUUGCAAAGACCAGCAUGGCUGCCGUUACCUGCAAAAGAAGCUGGAGGAAGGUGUUCCUGAACAUCGGGACAUGAUCUUCCGCGAAACAUUUGGUCAUUUUGCGGACCUCAUGACUGACCCCUUUGGCAACUACCUGUGCCAAAAGCUCCUCGAGUUCUCCACAGAUGAUCAACGAAAUGUCAUUUGCGAGUCCGUUGCUCAGGAUCUCGUUAACAUUUCGUUGAACAUGCACGGUACGCGCGCAGUACAGAAAAUGAUUGAUUUCUUGUCCACUAGACGCCAGACUGAUCAUAGAUACAACACUCAGAUUCACUCUAUCAUUCUUGCGCUCAGCCUUCAUGUUGUAGUGCUCAUCAAGGAUCUCAACGGAAACCACGUUAUUCAAAAAUGUCUCAACAAGCUUGCACCGGAAGAUAACCAGUUCAUAUACAACGCAGUGGCUGCCAACUGCGUAGAGGUCGCUACCCACCGCCACGGAUGCUGCGUGCUGCAGCGCUGCAUCGAUCAUGCUUCGGACCACCAGCGCGUCCAGCUUGUGAAUGAAAUCACUUACAAUGCGUUGACGCUCGUUCAAGAUCCUUACGGCAACUACGUUGUCCAAUAUAUCUUGGAUCUUAACGACAAUCGUUUUAGUGAUGCCGUCAUUCGGCAAUUCACAGGCAACGUUUGUGCGCUUUCUGUCCAGAAGUUUAGCUCCAAUGUCAUUGAGAAAUGCAUCCGUGUGGCCGAACAUAGUACCAGGAAAAUUUUGAUUGAAGAGCUACUCAAUCGCUCUCGCUUGGAGAAACUUCUUCGUGACUCGUAUGGCAACUAUUGUGUGCAGACCGCGCUAGACUAUGCCGAGCCUGCGCAGCGUAUGCUCCUUGUUGAAGGCAUUCGCCCAGUCCUUCCUUUAAUUCGCAACACUCCUUACGGCAAACGGAUCCAAAACAAGUUGCAGCGGGAACAGGCCAACGCUGAGAACUUCGGCUACCAUGCUCCUCAGGGCAUGAUGCCCAUGGGCAACCAGGGUCAUCACGGUGGCAACCCAGGUCAUCAUGGUCACGGUCACCACUCCGCAGGGGCCCGGCACAUUCCUCAAGCAAUGCACCCUACUAGUGUGGCUGAUGUUUAUGCCCAGGGAGGCUUGUAUGGCAUGCAAGGCCAGGGCUCCUACUCCCACUCUCACCUCGGCCCCCAAAUGCACGGCCUUCAGGCGCGUUCAAUCGACGGAUAUGUCUUACAAGGCACCUCUCCUCAUAGUGCGAGUCUGACACCCCCUCAUACCCACGCCUCUGGCUACACGGGCGUUGCCGGAUAUGCUAACGUGAGCCCUUUUGGCACGGUCGGUGUUGCCGGGUCAUUAAAUGAUCCUUAUCAGAGCUACGGCUAUGGCAUGUAGAGCGGGCAUAUUACAUGCCGCUUUGGACGUUUCUGCUCUUUCGUUCCUCGCGCACCUGCGCAUUCACUCUUUAAUGGUUUCAAUGUAUAUUCUAUGUCCUUGCGUUCGACGCUCGAUACCUCACAAGCACGUCGGCUCGAUCUCACUAUCUUCCAGGAGAUUUUUCAAGCAUGAGCAAGGGCCGACUUCUAU